UAUCAGAUUAAUUUAUUUCCGAGCGCUCGAGAUUCGCUCCGUCGUCAUCGCCGACGAUUAUCGCAACGCGACGCAAUGCGAUGCGAAGAUGAGCGAACGUGCCUCAUGAUCGGCAGUUGCACGCACGAAUACACGCACGCGUCCCGCUCGUAGAUUCGUACAUCGACGUAUCGUGUUAUCGCGGUCGCUUGCUCGAACAGAGGGGGGGGGGGGACAAAACUCGUCAACAGACUCCGUUCGCCGGGUAAAACGAUCGUCUCUCUCUUUCUGUCGACGACAGGUGUAUUCCUUCCUCCGAGUCCUGACUCGACGUCAGUGUCCCGGCGAGAUUUAAUUCCUCCCCCUUGUCCCUCCACCUCUACGCUCGCAUUGAUGCUGGAUCGUGGAAGUUGUUGCGCGGAGAUUUAUUUAUGAGUCACGGAUAAUUUGCUCGCUUUGUCCCUGGGAUCUCUCGGAGCGAGCGAUCGUAAUGUGCUCCAACUUGUGAGAUUUGAAAUCGUUGAGAACUGACAGGUCGCGCACGUGUUUGUUUACUUUGAUUAGAUUGGGCGUGUGUAUUGUGAAUACACUACGUGUGUAUUAUCGUUAGUGGCCCGACUGUACUUUUUUUACAAUGUACUUUCUGGCUGCGUUACUUGUGCUGUCCACAAUAUCUACAAAGUGAAUCCAGCAAUCAUAUGAUGAAACCCUUGAGCGAAAUUACAGGAAGAUAUUGAACUUGAUGUAAAAAUAGAUGCUUAGAUCAAUUUCUCAAAAUGCGUCAGUGUUGUUUAAAUCAUCAGAUCCUGCUAUGGGUUAUAUUUCUGAUUUUGUAUGCUGCAUACAGCAGUGCGGAUAUUUUAGUAUUUUCCGCAGUGGCGAGACAUCAGAUCGAGGAAGAGUUCCGUGAUAUGCCAGCCAAGUUUGGGGGCAUUAUACCGCCGGAGGGCAUUAAAGGUAUGGUAGUUUACGCUGAUCCCCCUACUGCAUGCCACAAGAUACAGCCUCCGCCAAACGCAACUGAUUACAAUGGUAAUUGGAUAGUGUUAAUAAGACGUUAUAACUGCAGCUUUGAGAUAAAAGUACGAAUGGCGCAGGAAGCUGGAUAUGAUGCUGCUAUUAUACACAAUAUGAACAGCAAUGAAUUAGAACCAAUGUCAGCAAAGGAUCCCGUAGGAAUUCUGAUACCAUCUGUAUUUGUUAGCGAAAUUACGGGAGUUGUUAUUAAAGAAAAUUACUUAUAUGACCAAUUAUAUUUUGUACUGAUUAAUGACGAUCUGCCAUUCAAUAUUAAUACCCAUUUGCUCUUACCCUUCGCUGUUGUUGUUGGGAUAUGUUUUCUAAUUAUAAUUAUUUUUAUGAUUGUUAGAUGCAUAAAGGAUAGAAGGCGACAGCGAAGACACAGAUUAUCUAGUUCUAGCUUAAAAAAGAUUCCUACACACAAGUAUACGAAGGGCGAUCCGUACGAGACUUGUGCCAUUUGUUUGGACGAUUAUGUAGAAGGAGAGAAAUUACGAGUUUUACCUUGUGCACACGCUUAUCAUUCUAAAUGUAUUGACCCAUGGUUGACGAAAAAUCGAAGGGUUUGUCCUGUCUGUAAAAGGAAGGUUUUUGCAGCUGACGAGCAAGUCGUAACUGACGAGAGCGACUCGGAUGAUGAUACAGCACCUCUUAUUCGCGAUGGUCACCAAGGUACACAAGGGGGAACGUUCACGCGGCAAAGAGAGAAUCCUUUUAACAGAGCUAGAAGAUCACAGGCCAGACAGGAUAAUAGUAUUUCUAGCGACACUAGCUCCGAUUCUGAGCAGUCCUUCGUUACUACCGAGGAUAGCGUUAAUAUUAGUGCUGGUGAACCAUCCAACGUCACCGUUUUCAUGGUGUCCGAUACUCAUAGUAUAAAUGGUGAACCACAAGAGUUGGAACGUUCGGUCAGCAGCACUAAUCCACACACGGUGAGUUUAUACGCGGACCCUCAAGAAUUUCCAGCACCUGUUGUUCAAGUCGCAUCGGCACGACGCGGGAUUAUGGGACAUUCCGCGAUAUCGAAUUCCGACUAUUAUGUCGAAACUUCGGAUAAUACGUCGGUAACGGCCAGUAAUUCAAACAGAAAUAACAUUAUUACGUAAUGGCCUGACAUAGCUGUGACUAUCAUUAUACGUUACGAGUCAUUCGUGUUUCACGGAAUGAUUCUCUCUUUUUUUUCUCUUUCGCGAGGGAUAAGUUGAUACAAUAUGGUGCACGGCAUGGAGGAUAAUGAGGAUGAAUAUACAUAUGAUCCGAAAGUAGAUAGUAUUUUUAAUAUAUAUAAAACUAUUUUUUUUUCAAAUGAUAUUACGACUUUGCUUUAUGGCAAAUACUCUUUUUGCAAAUCUAAUCUAUCAAGUAUGUAUUUCGCAAAUUACGUAAUGAUACACUAUUUAUCUUUUCUUAUUUUUUUGCAACGAGUAUCACUCAUAGUGAUGCAUUAUGAAGAGAGAUUGGUAAUUCUUUUUUAUUUAUGAUUGUAAGCAUUCUUUGAUAGAUAUUUUAAAUUUUAAAUUUGAUGAUUUGAAUUUCACACAUGGAAUAAAAAUUAAUGUAUAAUGAAAUGUAUAUACUAAUGUAUAAUUAUUCGAUCUGUUUUUUUAUAUUUUAAAGAGCUAUAUGUUGCAUUAUUGUUUGACUCCUUUUAAUCCUUAGUCGAAGUCGUUUUCAGUAAAUAUAUACAAUAUAUAUUUAUAGGUAAGACUGCAAUUUCUAGUUCAUCAUUUAAUGAAAUAUUAUUUUGUAUAUUAGUUUAGAAAUUUUGUUUAUACUAUUUGAUUUAUAUUUUAUUACUAUUUGAUUUAUACUUUGAUUUGUGAUUGCGAUUUAUACUAAAUUGUACUAAAUUAUAUCGCUGUCAUUUGGUUAUCAAAAAAAAUUAAAUAUAAUGUAAUAUAUAUGCCUAAGUUUAUAGAUAAAUUUAUGUUAAUGGUAAAUGACGAAAGCUGGUGAUAUUGUAAAGUAACGUACACAGCUCUGUCGCCGACAUCAGGUCUGUACAUAUAAGUAUAUAACAGUCAAGAGAGACCAAAAAAAAUUACGCAGAUUCCUUUUAAUGCAGGACAUAGGAUACUGUGAACUUUCAAGCUUAAAAUUGAAUCUUUAACCGCGUUAAGUUUUACGGAAAAUUUAUUGUUAUUCAAAGUAUAUUAUGUCAACUAACUAUACUGUUUUAUAUAAAAAAAUAGACUAGUACUUAUACAUAUAUAACGUGGGCUGUAUAUAAUAUGACGUGUCAAUAAUUACAUGUAAAUUUCGCUAAAA